AUGAAGGUACUAUCCGGUACGUCAGCGGAACUAGAAUUUCGGAAUGAGCUGAUGGGGCGCUUGCAAAAAUUGGAAUCUAACCUCGAACUGGAUGUUGUGCCCAGCACGCAGCAUCACCCUGAACCAAACUCGCCCGUGCCGUCCUCCGGUCUGUCUAGUUACGCCGGUCUAAGUUACGAACAGUAUGGCAAAGAACUAUUUAUCGGCCACAAAAAUCGGGACAUGUUGUGCCCGGACCCGGACGACUCCUUUCUGCGGCCACCGCUGUGGGAAGAUAUCACCAGUUCGAUACAAAACAUCGACCCAGAGAAUGCCAUCAUGCUGGGCAGCAUGAACGGUACGCCCCAGGUCAAGAUGGAAGCGGCCGACGAAGCGCUCUUAGAGCCCCUGUCCUCGCCAUUGCUCAGUCCGUUAGAGAUUAAAACCGAAAAGCUACCUUCUAGUGCAAAGCCUUCACCGGAACACCACCAGCAGCAGCAGCAGCAACAGCAACAGCAACAACAGCAACAGCAACAACAACAGCAGCAACAGCAACAGCAACUCCACCAACACCCGCAGUAUUUGCACGUGAAUCACAACAACAACAACUACUACCACUGGCAACCGCCCCAGCAUCAAGCGCCCCGAAGCGUCACCUUGAACCAGGCGACGCCCAGCCAGAUUUAUCACCACUGCAAGUACAUGCCUUCGCAGUGUGCGUCCAUGUGCCCCGCACCACUCUCGAGGCUAAUGUACGUUCCGCCGCUGACGCCACCCAACUCGGAUCCCGGAAGCCCGGGCAACACUUUGCAGAAUCCAUCUCGGAGAACUCCGCCCCCUCCGUACCAGCAGCAGCAGCAACAGCUAGCUAUUCCUCAAAAUCAUCUCCAUGGCCACCAUGGGCAGGAGAGCAUCCUGGGCCUUGGCCCGUCCGUUGUCGUUCCUCCGACGAUUCAGCUCCAUCAGCUGCACCAUUCGUCCCUGACGCAGCCAGAAUCCAACGGCCCGCAGCCAAAUCCAAGUGCGGCGGAUCUAGUAGCUACGGCAGGAGACGGGGUCGGGGUCAGCACGCACGUUGGUUACGCACGGGCCGGAAGUCGGGCCGACGAAACUGGUGGACGGCCGCCGGGUGGCAGAAGUGCUGCCAGUAAGGCGUCGAUGGCAAAUGGCCGCGGUUCCGGGUCAAAACGGACAACGUCAGCGGUGCACAGCCUCAGUAGUGUGCUCAGCAAUGCGACCAUGGUGAAGCACAUUGCGGGUCGCUACAAUCGACGCAACAAUCCCGAGCUGGAGAAACGGAGGAUACACCACUGUGAUUUUAUCGGAUGCACGAAGGUGUACACCAAAAGUUCGCACUUGAAGGCCCAUCAACGAAUACACACCGGUGAAAAACCCUACACCUGCCAGUGGCCCGAGUGCGAGUGGCGGUUCGCCAGAUCGGAUGAGCUGACCCGCCACUAUCGCAAGCACACCGGCGCCAAGCCGUUCAAGUGCAUCGUCUGCGAACGCAGCUUCGCCCGCAGUGAUCACCUAGCGCUUCACAUGAAGCGACAUUUACCAAAAAAUAAAUAG